AUGGCACACCCAUCUCAUAAAUCGUUGAUCAUGUUCACACAAUGUCUAAGGCGAAUCAUUGAUCAUGAUGGAAAAUCUGGAUCGGGACAGAGAAAAAUUCUCGAGAAGUUGCAGACGCAAGAAAUUGCUUCAAUAAGGUAUAUCGAUACUUACUGUCUGUACACUUUAGGAAUUUAUCACAGUGUUUUUCACAUGUUAGACACUUUAGGAUUACACGAUAUUUUUGCUAGGAGAGAACCUACCUAUGAGAGGCUGACCAAAGAAUUUUUAUGUAUAUUGAUUUAUACUGUUAGUCCCAACACUGCUAGCACGAUCGCUAUGGUAAAAUUUAGAAUAUUUAAUGUUGAAGAUGAGUACACUACCGAUGUUUUAGCAGAGUUGUUGGACAUGCCUCAUGGGAAAGGUUUUAUCUGUGAGACCCCUUUGGAUUCUGAUUGGUCGAUUGAGGCAUUUGCUUUUUGGACUAGAUUGUCUAGUUCCACCAUUUCCUCUUUUGAGGAUAUUCUUGCCUCAAUGAUCCAUAACCUGGUCAUUCGUGUUUUCCGUUAUUUAUUGGCUUAUACUAUUUUUGUCUGGGAGAACCCAAACAAGGUCGAUGCAAAAGAACUUUUGUUUUUGCAAGGAAGCCUCACUGGUUUAAAAAUUAAUGUUGUCCCAUUUAUGAUGCACACAUGUCUUCCGCUUUGA